UACCCUCCUCACGCCGUGGGAGCUCCCGGAAAGGUCUGGCGGCGUUUGCCGGGGCUCAUGGCUGCCUCCGGGAAGCUGCCCACCUUCCGCCUCCCGCCGUUGCCCACCCUUCGAGAACUCAUUAAGUUGUUCAGACUGCAAGCAGCGAAGCAGCUAUCCCAGAAUUUUCUUCUGGACUUGAGGCUGACAGAUAAAAUUGUAAGGAAAGCUGGCAAUCUGACAAAUGCUUAUGUUUAUGAAGUGGGUCCCGGGCCAGGGGGAAUCACAAGGUCCAUUCUCAAUGCCAAUGUUGCUGAACUUUUGGUGGUUGAAAAAGACACUCGAUUUAUUCCUGGAUUACAGAUGCUUUCUGAUGCAGCACCUGGAAAACUGAGAAUUGUUCAUGGAGAUGUGUUGACCUUUAAGAUAGAAAAGGCUUUUCCAGAAAAUCUUAAAAGACGUUGGGAGGAUGAUCCCCCAAACGUACAUAUAAUUGGAAAUCUGCCUUUUAAUGUUUCAACACCACUGAUUAUCAAAUGGCUUGAAAGCGUUUCUUGUAGAGAUGGACCUUUUACUUACGGCAGAACUCAGAUGACUUUGACCUUUCAAAAGGAAGUGGCUGAGAGACUUGUAGCCACUAAAGGGAGCAAACAGCGCAGUCGCCUUUCCAUCAUGGCCCAGUAUCUCUGCAGUGUUGAGCACAUCUUUACAAUUCCAGGUCAAGCUUUUGUCCCCAAACCAGAGGUGGACGUGGGAGUGGUGCGCUUCACGCCCCUGGUGCACCCCAAGAUAGAGCAGCCGUUCAAGCUGGUGGAGAAGGUCGUUCAGAAUGCGUUUCAGUUCCGGAGGAAGUACUGCCACCGCGGGCUUGGAAUGCUGUUCCCCACAGCUCAGCGCCUGGAGAGCACUGGAAGGCUGCUGCGGUCGGCAGACAUCGACCCCACUCUUCGUCCCACCCAGCUCUCCGUCCUGCACUUCAAGAACCUCUGUGAUGUGUACAGAAAAAUGUGCGAUGAAGACCCCCAGCUCUUUGCUUAUAAUUUCCGAGAAGAACUUGGGAAAAGUCGAAGCAAAAAUCAGAACAAAGACAGUGACAGGGAGCACUGUGGACUCUAGUCAGGCUCUCAGCCCAGCAGGUGGCCACCUCAUGUGCUUGUCUUCACAGAAUGACAGUAAAAUGCCAGUGAUCACAUGACAUGUUCCUUUUACUGUACAACUUGGUAAAGAAAAUAAAUAUCAAGAUACAGUACCAGCUUUCUUUUAAUAUAUACUGCAUAGAUAUGACAUGUUUAGUAUAAACAGCAUCUAUUACAACCUUACAAAAAUGAAAUAUUUGCACAUUGUGCCCCUAAACCACAUUAAAAUAACUUAGAUUUGCUUUAAAUAAAGCAAAAACUAACAGCUCAAAUAAAAUGCCCAGAGGCUUGGGGGGGGCGGGGGGAAAGACCCCUUUAAAGCUAUUAAUCACAACUUCCCCAACCUUACUUUUUCCACAUAACUUAAAAUAAAAAUUUCAUUCUAAUUAUUUUAAGGAUUCUAAAUCAUUUUGAUGCCUGCUCAAAAGGGAUAUAAACUAAUUUACAGAUUCUGACCAGUUUAAUCUGGUUUUCUGGUCCAAAAUAAAUUAAAAUAACUUAAAUCUUUACAAUGAUUUUGUGGGGAAAUAUAUACUGCACAAAACCUAGUAAUGGUCUUUCUGCAAUUUCCACUUCAUGAAUCUAAAAGUCAAGGAUCAGUGUCGCCACAUUUGGAUCCAACCGCACUACGACUUUCCGUGGCUUUCUGUUCCAUAAAAACACUCCUCGUUGACAACCGAAGUCAAGCUCUGGACGCUGAAUUCUCGCUCUAGAACCAAAUUCAGAUCAAUGUUGGCAUUUUCAGGUUGACUGUCAAGGGACUGGUGACGAGUCUGCGCCUUGAGCAGAGUCCCUCUGUCCCUCUUGGUGCUGUUUGCUUUUCGUUUAAUGGGGCAGAAGUGGGCCCGGACCAGCUUGGGCUGCUCUCCUCUCUUCGGGCCCUCACCUGCCCCGGUGCCCGGUGGCUGCUCAGCCAAGAGUGGGUCAGGAUCCUCGGAGAUUCUCAGUCUCUGGAACUGAAUUUCAAUGUCCUUGGUAGGGCUGCCCUGGUUCAGAGCCUGGUGGCAGUCCUCGUCUUCGUCGCUCAGAAUGUCACUCUCUUUGAUGAGACUGUCUGGAAACUCCUCUGGGCCAGUGUGGGGGUCCCUCCCAGGAGCCGCGCUCUGACAGUCCUGCUUGCUCUCAGCCGGACUCUGGGCGGGGCAGCCGCUGCUCUGGGUGCCGCUGCUCAGGCUGCACUCAUCUGAGUCUAGAGAGCGGCCCUUGCUGGACUCACUGGGCCACUCGCUGCUGGCGGAGGUCCUGAGGACUUUCAAAGACCUGGACGAGGCUGCAAUGAGAAAAGCACAUUUCUCUCCCUUUGUGACCCAGAGAUUGCAGUGUGCAGUUUGUGACUUGUGGGGUUCAAGAUUUAACAUCUUAAUUACUGAAGCUUUUAUUCUCUCAUUUGAAAUCUGUUACCAUCUAUCCUGGCAUUGAGACAGAAACAUGUAAAUCUUGCAAGCAUAGAAAUUAUUUAUGUUCAUCUGAAAUUUUAAGUUGGGGGAAGUGAGCAUUUUUCGACUACAAGAGCUUCAUUACUUAGAUAAAACAAACUGUAAACUAUUAUGGGGCUAGAACUGUUGUAAAUUGAAAAGUUAAUCACUAAUAAAAUCUAGGUUCCAUUCUAUGUAAUCUGAUAAUCAAGAUUACACUUUCUUGUUUAUUUCUCUUGCUCAGUUUAAAACAGAAA